AGACUGCUGUUAAUAUUAUGUAAGAUAACAGACAACUUUUAAUUAUACCAUCUCCUUCAAGCACCCAAGUCGGCACCAUGGCCAGGCACAAUGACAACUAUGGUUGCCUAUUGGGCAUAGUUCUCGUUAUCCUCAUCAUCUGGACAGUUGCAGGCGGCCCACGAGAUACGGUCAGUUUCUGGACGAGCUCCCCCAAAUUCCCUGACUUCAGUCAUUACGACAAUUUCUCACAUACGCUAUCUGAUGAACAAUUUCCGACUAAUGACAAAGAUAUGAAGAUAAUAGUGAUAGGCGACUUACAUGGCAUGAAUGAAUCUCUGACCACUCUGCUAAAUCGAAUAUCCUAUGACACACAGAAGGAUAUUUUAAUACACCUUGGUGACCUCAUGACAAAGGGACCUGUGGAAGACUCGUUGGCAGUCCUAUCGUUUAUGGAAAGCAACAAGAUUCUGGGCGUUCGCGGAAACAAUGAUCAGCAAGUCCUUGAAUGGCGCGCCUGGAUGGAUUGGAUUGUUUCUCAGCCGGGGGGCAGAGAUUGGCUGGUAGAAGUUGAUGAUCAGUGGCCUAAGUAUGAAGACCCGCUCGAGAAGGACAACAUGUCUGCAUUUCACUCGUGGCCAUCGUUGAUAAAGAAACAUAAGUGGGGGAAAAAGGUCCCCGAGGGUUGGAAGCCUUUAGGAGAUCACUACCAGGUUGCACGAGCGAUGUCCGUCUCACAGUACAAUUACUUGCGAUCUCUCCCUCUCGUUCUUUACGCGCCAGCAGGCCACGUGUUCUUCGUUCAUGCAGGUUUACUUGCAGCUGACCCAACCCGGACACUCACGCAUCCUAGACAACCAUUAUCGCACUGGCCAUCGAUAGAGCGCAAGCAUGACAUCACUGCUAUACGGAAGGCACAGGAGCUCGCAUUACUCUCAGAUAUUCCACAGAACCAAGAUCCAUGGGUCGUCCAAAAUAUAAGGAGCGUGCGCAAAAAGGGUAAGCCCACGCGCAGCAGCAAGAAAGGGACCCCGUUCUCUGACCUUUGGAAUGAAAUCAUGAACAAAUGCUCUGGUUUCCACGAUUCCAAUACUAAGCUUGGUUCCAAUACACAUCUCUCAGGCUACCAGGAGAGUCAACUCGCUGAUCAUGAUCUCCCUUGUUAUCCGUCGACUGUCGUGUACGGCCACGCGGCAGGUCGUGGUCUGGAUGUCAAGAGGUGGUCCAUCGGCUUAGAUACCGGCUGCUUUUACGGCCGAAGACUUUCAGCGCUAGUGCUUGAUACAAGAUCAUUCCAUUCAGGGGCUUCAGGGGAUCACACUAUCGACUUCCCAUCCCAAGCAACCAAUCAGUUUCAUGUAGAGCCUUCGUUGUCAGGGGCUGGAAACAAUCAUACGUACGACCCCCUGUCCAGUACAACCGAUUCUCGAAUCAAGUUUGACCUCGAAGGAGAAGCCCGGAUAAUCAGUGUCAAGUGCCAUUGAUCAUUCGCCAUCCUCAUCGCAUAUCGCGGCAUAUCUGUCACCGAAGUAAUCUCGGUAUCAGAUCCUUACGGAAAUUGGAAUUUUGGCAAUGCUCGCGUCUUUGGACGUCGGGAACGAGACUAUCAACGUUCCUCGUCCCCUUAAACGUUGUUUUGUUGCAUAUCUUAUCUUCGCAUUUCAGGCCCCUGCACUAGUACUAUUAUGCAACACCAGUAUCUUGAUCGUUUCUUACAGCAACGCGC